AUGCCAGAGACAGAGACCAAGGCCGAUCUCCGCAAGCCCGUCUCCCUCGACACAGACACCGGCGACAACAAGAACGCCAUCUCCUCCGAUGUCACGGUCGUCGUCCUCGGCGCUUCAGGCGACCUCGCAAAGAAAAAGACCUUUCCCGCCCUCUUUGGCCUCUUCCGCAACAACUACUUCCCCGAUAAUGCUAAAAUCGUCGGAUAUGCGCGCACAAAGAUGAACGAGGAUGAGUUCCACGAGCGGGUCAAGUCUCACAUCAAGACACCCUCUCCCAAGGAUCAGGAUGCCCUAAAGGAAUUCCUGGAGAUGUGCACAUACAUCAACGGGCAGUACGACCAGGAUGACAGCUUCAAGGCGCUCAACACGCACCUGGAAGAAGUCGAGGGAGAGCGCAAGCAGCGCAAUCGCAUCUUCUACAUGGCCCUCCCACCCAAUGUCUUCAUCCCUGUUGCUCAAUGUCUCAAGCGCAACUGCUAUCCGGAAACAGGCAUUGCACGGCUCAUUGUUGAGAAGCCCUUUGGCCAUGACCUCGAGUCCUCCCGUGAGUUGCAAAAGGCCCUUCAGCCCAUUUGGAAGGAGGAGGAAACCUUCCGCAUCGAUCACUACCUCGGCAAGGAAAUGGUGAAGAAUAUCUUGAUUAUGCGGUUCGCCAACUUAUUCCUCUCCUCCUCCUGGAAUAAGAACCACAUCUCCAACAUUCAAAUCACCUUCAAGGAACCGUUCGGCACAGAGGGACGUGGUGGCUACUUUGACGAGAUUGGCAUUAUUCGCGAUGUCAUGCAGAACCAUCUGCUGCAAGUCCUCACCGUCAUUGCCAUGGAGAGGCCGCUCUCUUUCAACGCCGAAGAUAUUCGCGAUGAAAAGGUCCGCGUCUUGCGUUCCAUGCCGGCCAUCAACUCCAAGGAUGUCAUUAUUGGCCAGUAUGCAAAAUCAGAAGAUGGCUCCAAGCCGGGAUACCUCGAUGAUGAGACUGUCUCCAAGGACUCCAAUUGUGCUACGUUUGCAGCCAUGGCUCUCUACAUCAACAAUGAGCGCUGGGAGGGCGUUCCCUUCAUCCUCAAGGCCGGCAAAGCCCUGGAUCAAGCAAAAGUCGAGGUGCGCGUGCAAUUCAAGGAUGUGGCUGGUGGCAUCUUUGGCAAGAUUCCUCGCAAUGAGCUCGUCUUGCGCGUCCAGCCAGAUGAAUCCGUCUACCUCAAAAUCAACACCAAAAUGCCAGGCUUGUCGAUGCGUACCGCCACCACUGAACUCGACUUGACCUACAAGCGUCGCUUCUCAGACCUCAAGAUCCCCGAAGCGUAUGAAGCCCUCAUCCUCGAUGCCUUGAAGGGUGAUCACUCCAACUUUGUGCGAGACGAUGAACUGGACCAGUCUUGGCGUGUCUUUACACCCUUGCUGCACUUUUUGGAUCAAAACAAGGAUCUCAAGCCAAGUCCUUACCCGUACGGAUCGCGUGGUCCGCAAGAGAUUGACGAGUACCUCGCAAGCUUCGGCUACAAAGCCGAUGAAGACUACCAGUGGCCCACCACUAAUUUAUAGGAUCUCACUUGUUAACAAUAUUUAGCUUUUUUGCUUCACGUAUCACGAUUAUAGAGACAAGAACAUCUUGACAGCUGCAAGGUAUCACUGCAGCCGCACCAGUCAUGCAUAGCUAGGUUGCACGCAACGUAAGAAGGCAAUUGCUAGGUGUCUCAUCGACCCCAUUUGCAUCUAGACCAUUUCAGCCAACGUCCACUUUCAUAUUUCCAGGAGUACGCUCUUGGAUACCUUAUUACGAAGCUUGAGCAGAGAACUUUUGGACCUCAAAGUCGCAAGAUUCACCUACACAGGUGCCGUAGCAUUUGUAAGGCACCAGUGACCAUGGUCGAACCAAUGAAGCCUGCCAGGUGAAUAAGAGCAAGACAACGAACAGAUCAAGACAAAGAACAGACAGCUAUAAGCAGUGUGAUGAG